CUGUUAUUGGUCCGAUGGGUGGGUGAAGAGUCGUGAUUGGGCGCCUCUGUGUUAGCAAAGAUGGCGGCCGCCGCUGCUAGACGAGUGAUCGGUACCAAGCUGGCGCUGCGUGAGAUUCGCAUCCACUUAUGUCAGCGUUCGCCGGGCAGCCAGGGUGUGAGGGAUUUCAUCCAGCAACGUUACGUGGAUCUGAAGAAAGCGCACCCCGGCCUUCCCAUUCUAAUCCGCGAAUGUUCGGAGGUGCAGCCCAAGCUGUGGGCCCGCUACGACUAUUCAUUUAAAUCACCUUUCCUCAGCUUUCGGUCAAGAGAAGAAUGUGUCUCUGAACAACCUAAGUGCUGAUGAGGUAACCAGAGCCCUGGAGAAUGUGAUGAGUGGCAAAGCAUGAAGGACUGUGAGCAAGAGCACCAGAACCUGGGCUCUACUGGACUGAAUACAAUGUGGGGAAAUGUGGUCUCCCUUUCCUUAUAAAGCUUACUGCUACUUCAGAA